UGCUUUCUUUUUCCAGACAUAGACGAGUGCCAGCAGCGCAACCCCUGCCAACAUGAAUGUAGAAACACAGAGGGCAGCUUUCAGUGUCUUUGCCCAGCAGGCUACCGGCUGCUCCCCAACAACAGAAAUUGCCAGGAUAUAGAUGAAUGUGUAGAGCAAAGAAUUUCCUGCGGAACCAACCAGAUGUGUUUCAACACCAGAGGAGGCUUUCAGUGUCUGGAUACGCCGUGUCCUGCCUCUUAUGUGAAGGGACCCAGCCCAGGGACCUGCUAUCGGCGAUGUCUAACAGACUGCAGCUCUGGAGGUCCAUACACCCUGCAGUACAAGCUAUUGACAUUGCCGUAUGGGAUACCACCCAAUCACGAUGUCAUUCGUCUUAGCGCCUUCUCGGAAGGGGGGCUUCUACAAAACCGAACCAGCUUCACGGCCCUGGAGCAAGACUCAGGAAGCCCGUUUGCCAUCCGGGAUGAAGGGGGUCAUGGCCUCAUCUAUACAUUGCGGUCACUGGACACCUCUGGAGUAUACAGGAUAAAAGUACAGGCGGUGACUCAUACUGAACAGCAAGGGGUGCGAUACCAGAGCGUCUUCAUCAUCUACAUCUCUGUAUCACCAUAUCCAUACUGA